GGAACAUCUGUGCUGGGAGCCCGCUUCAGUGACCGUCCAGCUCUAAAAUGCACCUCAAGAUGCCAAACUCGCUUUUGGUUUUCUAUUUGCUCCAAGGACUGGCUAACUUCAUCAGCGCGCAAAACUCCGCGCCCUGGAGGAACCGGAUCCAGUGGGUCAAUAACGGCCGGGUGUUCAGUUUAAUGAGCACGGGCUCGGAGUAUCACGCACCGGUGGCGUCCAGAAGACGGCCCGGACCGUUUCCGAGCAGCAGCGGAGACGCUGUCCGAGACAGGACUGUGCACAUCCGAGUAGAGGCGUCCGACUCCGCGGCCACGAGCGGCGGCGGCGGCACCGCGCUCCUGGGUCCGGAUCGCGCGCGGUACGUCGCGGCCAGCAGUCGCGCACCCGGCGCCAGACAGAUGCGCGUGCGUCAGCGGCUCGGAGCGGCUCCGGGAAGCAGAGCCAACGCCACCGAACGCUCCAGCGGCGGAAGAGCCCCGGCUCAAGGGGAGAAUAACACGCGGAGGGCGCCAGCGGUUGCCAAUCUCCAACUCCUGGAAGCGCCAACGGAGACCUCAGCGGGGCUCUCCAGAGCGCAAACUCCAAAUGCGUCUGAAGGCAUGGCAGGGGACGAUCCGCGGAACAGGAACACGGUUUUCUAUAACAUCUACCCGCCCGGCGGAAGGACGGGCGUCCCGCGGCGCGCGCCGCCUGGCACCGGCUACGGCACACGAUACUUCCAGAACGGUCUGCCCGAUCUUGUGCCAGAUCCCUAUUCCAUCCAGGCGGGCUCAUACAUCCAGCGCGUCCAGAUGUACGCGCUCCGGUGCGCGGCGGAGGAGAACUGCCUGGCGCGAUCCGCGUACAGACCCACGGUCAGAGACCUCGACUAUAGGGUCCUGCUGCGCUUCCCACAGAAGGUCAGGAACAUGGGAACCAGCGACUUCCUGCCCGUCAAACCCAGGCAUCAGUGGGAGUGGCACAGCUGUCAUCAGCACUACCACAGCAUGGACGCGUUCAGUCACUAUGAUCUGCUGGACAUCGGCUCCGGACUGAAGGUCGCAGAGGGUCACAAGGCCAGUUUCUGUCUGGAAGAUACGGGCUGUGAUCCUGGGUUUCACCGCAGAUACGCCUGCACUGCACACACACAGGGUUUGAGUCCAGGCUGUCACGACACAUACGCCGCUAACAUCGACUGUCAGUGGAUCGACAUCACAGACGUCCCUCCCGGGAACUACAUCCUCAAGGUCACAGUCAAUCCGGACUUCCUGGUGCCCGAGUCGGACUUCUCCAACAACGUCGUGCGCUGUGAGAUCAUUUACACCGGCAUUUACAUCCAAACCAGAAACUGCAUCUUAACCGGGAUGUAAAGCCCUCGGAUCGGAGAUGCAUUUUUAUAGACCUAUAUAAUAGGUUCAGUUGCAGUAAUUUAAUUGAAAGCUUUUUUAGUAACUUGAAACACUCCAUAUAGAUGUUGGGGUAAUAUUUAUGACAAAAAUGUACUGUAUCUAUUUUAGAUGAGUUGGAUUUCUUGCC